AUGUCGCUCUCCGGAAAAGUCGUCCUUAUCACCGGCGCCUUCAAAAGCAUCGGCAAAGCGACCGCCAAGCGCCUGGCCAGCGAAGGCGCCAGCCUGGUCCUUAACUACAACACCGACGCCUUCUCCGCCAACGAGCUAGUUAACAAAAUCGGCAAUAACCGCGCCCUCGCCGUGCAAGCCAACGCCUCUAAACUCCCAAAAAUCAAUCGCCUGGUCAAAGCAACCGUCGCCAAGUUCGGCAAAAUCAACAUCCUUAUCCCCAACGCCGGCAUCCUGCCCAUGCGCGAUCUCGAACACACCACCAAGAAGGACUUUAACUUUACCUACAACCUAAUGGUCAAGGGGCCGUACUUUCUUGCACAGGCACCAAAGCACAUCCCCCCCGGCGGGCGCAUCAUCCUCGUCUCAACAGGCGUAACAAUCCUCUCAAGCAUCGCCCCAACAUACCUCCUCUACGCCUCCGCCAAAGCAGCCGUUAAACAAAUAACGCGCGUGAUAGCCAAGGACCUCGCGCGCAACGGGAUCCUGGUUAACUACAUCGCGCCGGGCCCAACAACAACAGGGCUCUUCCUAAACGGCAAGUCCAAGCAAAUGAUCAAGAUGGUGGAGGGGUUCAGCCCGUUCAACCGCAUCGGCGAGCCGGAGGAGAUUGCCAAUGCGCUGUUUUUCUUGUGCAGUAGGGAUAGUAGUUGGGUUUUAGGGCAGGUUCUUUAUGUGAAUGGGGCAAUGGCUUAG